AUGAAGGUCCGUCUCGUUGUUUUCGCCGUCGUUCUCAUCGGAGCAUUCUACUUGACUCGUGAGUUUAUAAAAAAUCUGGAAAUGCGGCAGAGUUUGGUUACAUUCAGACAUUAUCUCUGUGGGACACUAUAAUCGACAUGAAAAGACCCUCCCGAAGGACAAUAUCCGUUUCAAGAGAGGUGAGUGUGCGGAGGUCUCGCGCUGAUCUGAUUGGGUUCUGUUUCAGACGGUGGCUGGUCGGAGUACGUGCAGAAGAUGUCGACGGUCUCGUGCAUCUCGAGUGGCAUCUCUCUCCUCUACGGACUCAUCAACGGGCACAUUGCAAUGGACAAGGCCGUCGCGGAACUGCUGAACUUCGGAUCCGUCAAGGUCUCCGACGUCGCCGCCAUCAACAAGGACUCUGUGAACGCGUGGACGAACGACCUGAAGGCACCCGGGCUGGAUGGGACCAAAGACGCCCUUGAUCUGGAAGAACACACUGUCGGCUUAGCUCGGAUGAAGGUGGAGAUGACGGACCGACUGUUCGGAGAAGUUCCCGACAAAGCCACGUACUUUUCCGUCAUCGACAAUUUUGUGAACGAUCCGAACAUGGACUUCAAAAAUCUGACUGAUGCUGGCAAAAUAAUCACCAAUACGAUUAAAUUGCUGAACAACGUGACUGGACAGCCUGAGGUCACGAAUGAGAACUAUGGCGACAUCCUCAGUUUCUUUAUAAAGAUUGUGAAAGGUCUCACAAACGUGGAAGGAGUCGUCAGUGCCGCAAGUACCAUCAGCAGUAAAUCAACGUCCUACAAUACGUUGAAGGAUGAGAAUCACCCGUUGAUCCCACUGGCUAACUUCAUUUAUUUCGCAGAGAAGACGAAACUCCCAACGCCACUUGGAACUUCCGGAAGAUCUGAAGUCAUUAAAAAUCUGGACAUUGUCUCGAAGCUCUCCACUCAGUCUGCAAAAUCCAAAUCAACAGUAUCGCACGUCAACUCUCUGCUCUUCUGUCGUCUGAAUCCACUGAAGAACAGUCGAAAGUACGCCCCCGGACUCGUACUCGGACUGUCCGACCUGAGCAACUUGCCCAAUGCGACCCGGGACCAUUUGGUCGAGAAGACGGUCGGCGGAGGCAAGAACUUUGCCCGCUUCGGAGACGGAUUCAAACCGGUCAUGGAGCUGACGGACAAGCUGCAGCCGGUCGACGGGAAGCUGCGGAAGGUCGCCACGCAGGAGAACCUCGCAUCGAUACGGAAGAUCGUGGAGAUCCAGCGGGCACUAGAGGACGCGUCGGUCGGUAAGCAGGAGGCAGAGGCUGUGUUCGACGAGUUCCGUACUAUUAGACUGCCCAUAUUGAAUCCGGUUUAUUUUUCCGAAAUAAAAAAACUAAUGGAGGAGGUGAACAAUCUGAGAAAUGCAUUCACUUCGAUCGAUACCUUCGCUUCGAAAUCGAUGACUUUCGAUGGCUUGUCUCAAUUGAAACAGACUGCAACCCUACCUUCAAAAAUCGAUGCUGAUGAUGUGAAAGAGAAGAUGAAUGCGGUAAAAGCGGCCAAGGAUACGGUCGAGACGGUCAUCAAGUCGUUGAAGGCGGCCAAGGAAAUCUUUGAAAGACUGGAACAAGCUUCGCAAGCAAAGACACUCGCCAAGGAAAUUAAAUCGAAAAAAGCGAAAGUCGACGGUUUCUAUGAUCAAAGUGAAAUGAAGACGCAGUUAACGGCACUCAAUAAUCUGAAAGAUGCCAAGCAACCAUCUGAAAAGGUUUCCAAGGCCAUCCAGGUAUGUCUACAUUAAGGGUUCACAAUAUAAUAUCAUUUGCUUCCAGGCCGCCCAGAAGAUUCGUGCACUCGCCCCCAGUGACGUCACCAACUUCGAAUGGGUCGUGUCUGCCGUCUCUUCCGUCGCUCCCACUCUCAAGAAUCUUCCGACGGUGCUCGAGGACAUGAAGAAGAAGCAGUCGGACGUGGUCAAGGAUCUGAUGGGGAUGAAAGGAGCGAAGGACGUGGCGGAGAAGAUCGGAAAGCCGACGGCGAUGGUGCGGAACAUGCAGGAGCUGCAACGAGUCGACAUUUCCGUUCUGAAGGACGUCUCUCACGUGACGACUGCCCUCCGCAACGUGUCGGAUCUCGGAGCGAGGGCGGAGAUUGAGAAGAAGUGGGGAGAUCACAGCAAGGAUAUCGCCUCCAUCGAGUCCACUCUCCAGCAGAUCAACACCUUCAAGACCACCGUCCAAUCUGCGCAGCCGAAGGACCUCCGCGAGAUCGGAGCACCGCUCGCCAGUGCUCGGAAUGUCGGAUCUCUGAGUGUGACGGCUGCCGCCAAGUCCGACGCCCUCUCCAUUCUCAUCCCGUUCGCUGCCGAUCCGAAGGUGCUCGAGGAUCUGAGGCAGAAGAAGGAGAAACUGGAUGAGUUGGCCGCCCUCGACCUCGACUUUGCCGCCUACCACUCUUCCAUCGCCGCAGUUCCGCUCGCUCUCACCUCCCUCUUCGACUUCCUCACCUCCUUUUUGGAGCCGAAGAAGAGCACGGAGGCGAGUGGAGAUGGUGGUGACUGGACAGGACUGGUGUGCGGAAUCUUGGGAGUCGUGGCACUCCUCGUAAUCCUGGCUGUCGGUGGUUUCUUCCUACGCCGCUAUAGAAGUGAGUUUGAAACACAGUAUUCAUAUGAUAAACUGUGUAAUAUUCAGUAAACCGGAAGAAGAAGUGGGCGAAGGUUAGAGAAUGGAUCAGACUGGCGACGUUCGAGCGAGUGGACCAGGCCGUCGCCUACAUCCAAACCAUCAAGACCGUCAUCUCGAAGUCGCAGCAGCCGAAGAAGUUAAAGGGCAAAGCUGCGGCGAAGACACGUCUCAUACUUCCGGACCGUCGAUUCGUCGACGCAAAUGCGGUGAACCUGGAGGGCGGCGGACGGAUGAUCAUGACGAGCGAUCCGACCGACGCGCACACGAUCGACGAUCUCCUCUAUAUGGUGACCGUCUGCCAGGUCGAGUACAUUGUGCAACUCUCGAAUUUCUUCGACGAGAUCACGCUGCAGUACGUGCCCGGCAAGAUCGGACGGAAAAAGACGUUCGGCGACUACGAGGUGACGCUCAAGGACGCGAAAGAGGCGGACGUGCAGAAGGUCGACGAGCGGGAUCUCGUCAUUCGCAACAAAAAGUGAGUGGUUCUCGUCGCUACGACCGACACGCACCGAAAUGAUUUCAGAACGGACGAGACGUGGCAGGUGACGCAUUUGCACGUGCGCUCGUUCAAGAAGCGCGACGGAGAACGGCAGGACCCGCGGAAGACGGUGGCGCUCGUGCGGAAGGUGCUCGCGGGAAAGGAGCCGCGCGUGCUCGUCCACUGCCCCGAUGGCCUCCGCUACUCGGGCCAGUUUGUCGGCGUGGCGUUCGUCGGCCGACUCGCCGAACGGAGAACCGACCUGCCGCCCGUCGAGAUGUUCGUGCGGCUCCAUCGCGCCCGCCCUGGCAUUUUCCCCUUCGCACACGACAUUUAUUACACUCUCAUCGCCACGCAGCUUUUUCUCAUUCAGGUACGUAUUCUGAUGAGCAGAUUGAGCAGAAAAGGGGCGCAUUUUCGGGAAAAAAAUCGUGUUAAAAAUUGCAUUCUCCGCUGAAAAACCUUUUUCCAGGAGUACGGCGACGAAGCGCUGAACGACCCGAGUGUGAUCUGGACGAAAUUGGACGAACGUUACCGAAAAUCGCUGGACAGCUUCGACGAGAUCCGCGAAAAGGGCGACGAUCACGAACUGGACGAGUUCGGCGACGAUGACGAGGAGGAGAAGGAGGUCGAGCAGGCGCAAAGGAAGAGCUACGCGCCGAGCAAGCCGGGCGACAAGGUGAAGAGCACGAAGAGAAAAGCGCGGCCGCAAGCGGUGCCGAUCGCCCACCGUAUUAUUGCUGUGUGA